AUGGCCACGUUGGGUCGUAUCGACGAAUUCAAUGCUGAGACCGGGGUGUGGGAAGAAUACGCAGAGAGGCUUGAGUGCUUUUUUCACGCAAAUGACAUCGAUAAUCCAGAGAAGAAGAGAUCAAUUUUACUAAGCGUGUGCGGAGCCGCAACAUACUCCACCUUGCGCUCGCUGUUGGCCCCCACUCCACCAUGCGCUGUUCCAUAUAGGGACAUAGUCGAGUGUCUCCAGCGUCAUUAUAAUCCUGCACCAUCGGAAAUUGUACAACGGUUUCAUUUUCACAGUUAUAAGCAACUGCCUAAUCAAAGUAUGUCAUGCUUCAUUGCUGAACUGAGAAAACUUUCAGUGCAUUGUAACUUUGGUGAACAACUCGAACAGAUGCUGCGCGACCGCAUAGUCUGUGGUGUGGCCGAUCCUUUACUGCUGCGUCAGCUACUAGCGGAGCCGAAGUUAACUUUCAAAAUAGCGGAGGAGCGCGCUUUAGCGGCAGAAAUGGUGAACCAGAAUGCGCAAAUGCUGAGGACUGAGAAGACUCUACCUGCUAACGACGUGGAAGAGGUACAUAAAAUGAUUCAAUCGAAUAAAGCUCAGAAUACAAGAUCAUCUGUAUUACAAGAAAGUGAUGGCAGAAAGUGUUUCCGAUGUGGCGGGACUCAUACAGCUACAGCAUAUCUAGAAACUACAGCAUUAGAGACACAAGAACCCAGUAUGGUCACAGUGAAUGCCCAGGAUGAGUAUGUGGUACAUAUUUCACCAAAAUUCUUUAAGGCUCGUCCUGUACCUUUUGCUCUUAAGCAGAGGAUUGAUGAGGCAUUAGAUGAUCUGGUUGAGCAAGGCAUUUUCAUACCAGUGCGACACUCAAAAUGGGCAACACCCAUUGUCCCUGUCACAAAAAGGGAUGGAAGUUUAAGAAUCUGUGGUGAUUACAGAUGUACUGUUAAUACGGCAGUAAAACCUGAUGUUUAUCCCUUACCAACUGUUGCAGAGAUGUUCUCCACACUGGCAGGGGGUGUCAUUUUCACUAAAUUAGACCUUAAACAAGCCUACCAGCAGCUAGUUCUUGAUGAACCUUCAGCUGAGCUGUUAACAAUUAAUACACACAGGGGGCUGUACAGGGCUCAACGGCUGCAAUUUGGGGUCUCUACAGCGGUUGCCAUUUUCCAGCGUUUUAUGGAUACUUUGCUGGCAGGUAUUCCAGGUGUACAGCCAUACCUGGAUGAUAUUUUAAUCACUGGGAAAACUCCAGAGGAGCACGAUACACGUUUGGAGAAAGUGUUAUGUCGAAUCUCUGAAGUUGGACUUAGACUUCAAAAGGAAAAAUGUGUUUUUGCUGCUACUGAAGUGGAGUUUCUCGGAUUCAGAGUAGAUAAAGAGGGCAUCCAUCCCACCAGUGAGAAGGUGGAAGCUAUCAUGAAUGCACCAGCUCCCCGCAACAAGACACAGCUUCAGGCAUUUCUAGGACUUUUGAAUUUUUACAGUUUUCUUCCAAACAAAGCCACCAUUCUGGAACCAAUGCACAGACUUCUUGACAAGUCAAUGGCAUGGCACUGGGCUGCUGCCCAUGACACAGCUUAUAAGCGGGCAAAAGCACUACUCAAAGCAGAUGGACUGCUUGUGCACUACGAUGUUAAGAAGCCUCUUGUAUUGGUAUGUGAUGCCUCUCCUUAUGGCCUUGGAGCUGUACUGAGCCAUGUAGAGCCUGAUGGUAUGGAGUCCCCAAUUAGUUUUGCUUCACGGACACUGUCGGCCACUGAACGCAAUUAUGCUCAAAUAGAUAAGGAGGCUCUUGCUGUUAUUUUUGGUGUAAAAAAAUUUCAUCAGUUCUUGCAGGGGCGUCAGUUUACGAUUUGCACAGACCACAAGCCACUCCUUGGUCUCCUACAUCAUUCUAAGCCCAUGCCACAGCUCUUGUCGCCUCGUAUGCUUCGCUGGAGUCUCUUGUUGGGUGCAUACAACUAUCAGUUGUGCUACAGACCAGGAAAAGAGUUGACAACCGCCGAUGCCUUGAGCCGCUUGCCUAUAGCAAAUCCUGUGGCUCAUACACCACCUCCUCUUGAGGUCCUGCUCUUGGAAUCUGUGCCUAAUGCACCUAUUCAUGGUAACCAGAUUGCUGCGCUUACUCAGAAGGAUCCAGUUCUGUCUCGUGUACUGCACUGGCUUUUGCAUGGCUGGCCCCAUGAAGUCCCAGGUGACGAUUUCAUACCCUUUACCAACAGACAGAAUGAACUCUCAACUCACAAGGGUUGUGUUUUAUGGGGUAGCCGCGUUGUAGUACCUGUUCUAGCACGGGAGGAUGUACUUAAACUACUUCAUGACUCCCACCCUGGCAUAGUCCACAUGAAGGCUCUGGCUCGAAGUUAUGUAUGGUGGCCAGGAAUGGACGGACAAAUAGAGAAAGCUGUAAAGUGUUGUAGAACAUGUCAACAGUCGCGGCAUGCACCAUCAAGGGCACCACUUCACCCCUGGGAAUGGCCAGCUAAGGCUUGGUCUCGGAUCCACAUCGAUUUUGGUGGACCAUUUCAAGGAAAGGUCUUCUUUAUUUUGGUAGAUUCCCAUUCCAAGUGGCUGGAGGUGUCUCUUCUACGCUCCAUGUCUGCAAACGCUGCCAUCGACACUUUGCGCCUUAUCUUUGCUACACAUGGGUUGCCAGAUAUUAUUGUCUCAGACAACGGUGCAGCAUUUACAUCUGUUGAAUUCAAAGAGUUCACAGAAAGAAAUGGGAUCCGGCAUGUGACAACAGCCCCCUAUCAUCCGUCCUCAAAUGGGCAAGCAGAGCGAAUGGUUCAGACAACAAAGGAUGCUCUACGGAGAAUCAUAGCUGGUAAUUGGCAAACACGCCUUGCAAGAUUUUUGUUAUCUCAGCACACCAUGCCCAACUCUUCCACAGGGAAGAGUCCUGCAGAGUUGCUAAUGAAAAGACGACUGACCACUGCACUGGAUCGCCUUAACCCAGACUUUCAAGCUGACAUGCAUAUGAAGCAAGGGGAGCUAGCACAAAAGCAUGAGGGUGUGUUUAGGCAAUUUCGACCCUUACAGACAGUAUAUGCACGCAAUUUUGUAGGAGAACCACAAUGGAUGCCGGCAGUAGUGCAAGAGGCAACUGGCCCUGUGUCUUACCGUGUGCAAACAGAAGAUGGACACAUUUGCCGUCGCCAUGUUGAUCAGCUUCGAGAGAGGAUGAUAGAUGAAGGACCAGUGCCCGAACCAGAGUCAAUGCAGCAGCCAGUUACCACUGUUCAACAGCCUCCUGGUAGCCCAAAAAUACCAACUUCUUCCAAAUCUACUCCAGAUAAUGAUACAGUAGUGACACCAACCACUGAAACUGGUAAACCUGUGAAUGUUAAGACCCCACAACCUAUGGUGUCACUAAGACCCCGUAGAGCUCUUGUUAAGCCAAGACGUUACAAAGAUAUUUAA